AUGGACCGCUCGCGUCGCGCUAACAAGUCCAAGCUCGACAAGCUCGCAGCGUAUAAACGUGCGCGCGAGGGUGGCUCACGCGCGAUCGCGUUCGAAGAGGAUGACGGUGUAUUGUACGAUGAGGUGUCUGAAGAACAGUACAAGCAGAUCGUCAAGGGCCGCCUGGCGAAGGACGAUUUCGUUGUGGACGAUGGUGUGGAGGGCUAUAUGGACAACGGAAUGGAUGACUGGGGCAACGGUGGUACCGACGAGGAAGAUGAUGAAGAGGAACAACGCAAGCCGCGAAAGUCAGGCAAAUCCUCUUCCAAAGUUGCAGAUGGACCGUCGAAGAAGGCCAAGCCCAAGGCUCCGCCCCCUGCCGUUCAGCCUAUGUCCAUGGCCGCGUAUCGUCCAACCGUGUCCGCUGACCAGGAGAACGACUUCAUGUCCUCCCUGUUGGGCGCCAUGGACUCGCUCCCAACAGAGGCUCCUACAAAGCCUAGAAACAAGAAGCGCAAGAGCGAGAUGGUGAGAGACAACAGCCCACCGAGGGCAAAUGGGUCGUACCGGAGCAAACAGUACGCAUAUGCGGACAGCUCGAGCGAUGGGCCCGAGCCUCCUAGCGAUGACUACGUGCUCAGCCCUAAGAAGAAGUCCCGUACGCAUGACUACACGAACGGCAUCAGCGACGACGGCAUGACGCCCUCGAUGGAACGCAUGGGUGUCAAGUCCGACAACGAGGGAACCGAUGGCGGUUUCUCGGCGGGUGCCUCCGAUUUCGACGUAGACGCCACAUUCGAUGAGAUCGACAUGGAAGCAUUUAUGGAGGUGGAUGAAGAAGAGCUGAAGCCGAAUGUCAAGAAGGUCGUCAAGAAAGAGGAGGUGGAGCUUGACCUUAAGAAACCUCUGAAGCCUCUCAACGGCGUCCCCCCUGCACAUCCGCCAACUAACGCCAAGAAAGAAGACGAUGCUAAGCCCUCGUGGCUAUCUGUUUAUGAUGGCCUCACCGUCGCGCCAGCCGCCGAGCCUCUCGGCUCCACAAAAAUGUCCUCGAACUCUUCGAACUUUGAAGUGCUGGAAGACGACGGCAGCUUGCGCUUCUUCUGGCUGGACUACAUGGAGCACGAGGGCAAGUUGUACUUCAUCGGGAAGCUGAAGGAGAAGACAAGCGGACAGUGGGUCAGUAUAUGCGUCACGAUUGAGAACCUGCAGCGGAAUCUGUUCGUAUUGCCACGGGCGUUGAGGGUGGAGCAGGAUGAGGACGGCAACUUGGUGGAGACGGAUGUGCCUGUCGAGAUGUCCGACGUAUAUUCCGAUUUCGAUCAGAUCCGUCAGCAGGCGGGUAUCAAGUCAUGGCGCUGCAAACCCGUUAAACGCAAGUACGCCUUUGGUGAACCGGACGUCCCUCGGGACGAGGCGGAGUGGCUCAAAGUGGUCUACCCCUUCGAAGAACCAACUAUACCAUCGACGGUGUCCAGUCCCAACUUCUCACGGAUAUUUGGAACGAAUACGACUGCGUUUGAACUGCUCGUGUUGAAGAGGAAGAUCAUGGGUCCAUGUUGGUUAAAUAUCAAGCAUCCAAAGGUGGAGCAUAAAGGCAUCUCAUGGUGUAAAGUAGAGGCCACAGUGUCUGACCCCAAAGACAUCAACCCCUUUGCAGAGAGCGAUGCAGACGCGCCGAAGGAUACGCCGCCGCUGACCAUCACGAGUUUAAGUCUCCGUACGAUCGUGAACCACAAGGAGAACAAGCGCGAAAUUGUAUGCGCGACAGCGCGAAUAUGGUCCAACAUCCAAAUCGACGACCCUACGCCGCCGGAGCAGCUCCCUUGUACCGUGCAUACAUUCGUCCGUCCAUUGGGUCGGUUCCCGCCUAAUUUCGAAGCGCGGGCCAAGGCCAACGGCAAAGGCGUAAUUUCUCCGAUGGCAAACGAACGAAUGUUGCUCAGCAGCCUGCUAGUGACUAUCCACAAAGCCGAUCCAGACGUGUUCGUCGGACACGAAUUUCUGGGCGUCUCGUUGGACGUCCUGCUCAACCGUAUGAAAGAACUGAAAGCGGAUCACUGGUCUCGCAUAAGUCGGUUCAGACGGAGCAGAUGGCCCAAUAUCGGGCGGCAGGGGAGCAACUUGAGAUUCCUCGCCGGACGCAUGCUUUGCGACUUAGCUAGCGAUGGAGCGAAGAGCAUGAUCUCGUCCACAACCUGGUCGCUCACGGAGAUGUGCAAGACGCACCUCAAGAGCGAUCGCCAGGACAUCGAUCCGGACGACACCGCCGCCUACUUUGACGGCUCCGUCUCCUCUCCCGACCGCCUGCUCACCUUCGUCAGGCACUGCGAGCUCGAUGCGCAUUACCAGAUGGCGAUCGCGUCCAAGGUUCAGAUUCUUCCGCUGACGCGGCAGCUCACGAAUUUGGCCGGCAACUCGUGGAACAAGACGCUCAACGGAGGCCGCGCGGAGCGGAACGAAUAUAUCUUGCUGCAUGAGUUCCACCGGCUAAAGUAUAUUUGUCCGGACAAGACGUGGGGAAAGAAGGCUGCCGCCGCAGUCAAGGCCGAGGCGGAGGGCGACGAUCCCAACGGCGCCACAGUCGGAGGGAAGGGGAAGGGCAAGAGGGACAAGUAUAAGGGAGGUUUGGUGUUCGAGCCGAAGAGGGGUUUGUGGGAUAAGUUCAUCCUUGUGAUGGACUUCAACUCGCUGUAUCCGAGCAUCAUUCAGGAGUACAACAUCGACUUCACGACAGUGGAGCCGGUUGAGGACGAUGAGGAUGGCGAAGAGAGAAUACCUGAUCCUCCGGAUUCUACGACUGCGCAGGGUGUGCUGCCGAGGCUUAUUGCCACGCUCGUCAAUCGGCGAAGACAAGUCAAAGCACUGAUGAAGGACAAGACCGCAUCGCAAGCAAAGCUCAUGCAGUACGAUAUCAAGCAACAAGCCCUGAAGCUAACGGCCAACAGUAUGUACGGCUGUCUCGGCUUCGAAUACUCCAGGUUCUACGCGCGACCACUCGCUGCCCUUACCACCUUCAAGGGUCGAGAAAUCUUGACGGCCACGAGGGAGCUGGCAGAGUCACUGCAGCUUGACGUCGUCUACGGAGAUACGGAUUCCGUCUUUGUGAACUCUGGCGCCACCGAUCUUGCAGAGGCGCUGAAGAUCGCUGCUGACUUCAAGAAGGCUGUCAACGAGCGAUACAGGCUGCUCGAGAUCGAUCUUGAUGGCAUUUUCCAGCGGCUUUUGCUAUUGCAAAAGAAGAAAUAUGCAGCGAUCAAGGUCGAGGACGGAACGCGGACCUCGACGGAAGUCAAGGGUCUCGACAUGAAGCGCCGAGAGUACUGCGCGCUGUCAAAGAACGUGUCGCAGUACGUUCUUGAGCAGAUCCUAUCGGGGGAGGCCACGGAAAUAGUGGUGGAGCAGAUCCAUGACUACCUGACCACGAUCGGUCAGAACGUCCGCGAAGGCAAAAUCAAGCUAGACGAUUUCAUUGUCUUCAAGCGUCUUGGCAAGAACCCCGAAGAUUACCCUGAUGCAAAGUCACAACCCCAUGUGCAAGUUGCCCUACGCAUGAAGACCAGGGGCGGCACGGCCCGCUCCGGCGAUGUCAUUCCCUACGUCUUUUGCCUCGGUGCGAGCGGCGAAUCGUCCAAGACCGGUCAAGCGGACAAAGCGAAGCACCCCGAUGAAGUUCGAAAAGGCGGGAAAGAUUGUCAAAUAGACUACGAGUACUACCUGUCCCAGCAGGUCUUGCCUCCCAUCGAGCGUCUCUGUGAGCCCAUCGAGGGCACCGACCGUGCUCGCCUCGCAGAAUGCCUCGGCCUCGACCCGGGACGAUUCCGGACCAGCACCUCCGGCGAGGUACAAGAACACGUCUUCACAACGCUCGAUUCGCAGAUGUCAGACGCGGAGCGGUUCAAGGACACGGACCCGUUCGUCGUGCGUUGCCGCAAAUGCGAGGGCCAGAUCGCGUUUGCGCCGGUCGCAGAUCGCACAGCGUCGCUGCUGCUGCCGUCAGGGCCGGAGUGUCCCGCCUGUAAGGCACCGAUGACCACGGCGUCGCUGCAGGUCCAGCUCGACACCCAGAUAAGGGCGCACAUCGCGCGGUACUAUGAAGGCUGGAUCGUGUGCAACGACCAGACGUGUGGGAUGCGGACAAGGAUGAUGGGGGUGUAUGCUCGCACUUGCUUGAGGAAGGACUGUACGAGCACGGUGGCGUUUGAGUACUCGGAUGCGGAGCUCUACAAUCAGCUGCGGAUGUAUCAUUCCCUCUUCGACCAACAGAAGAUCAUCAAGGCAGCCAGGGGGAUGGACAAAGAUAAGCUCAUGGAGAUCGACACCCUGUGCACCAUGCAGGCCGGGCUGCUGCAGACACUCCUGGACACCGUAGAGAAGUAUAUGCUUCAGUCCGGGCGACGAUGGGUGGACAUGAGCAGCCUGUUCUCGUUCAUGAAAGUGUGA